AUUAAAGGAAAAAUGCGGUCAGCCAUUGACUUGCUUCGACGCCUCCAAUUCUCUUAUAGCCCAUUCUAUUGAUUGAACAGAGUCGCACAUAAAUCCAAGCUGGUGGAAGGGCAUUUGAGCACGAGGAAUAGGAUAAAGCACAAGAGUAUUUUAUGGCGGCUUCGAAGCUCCAAGCAUUCUGGAACCAUCCUGCUGGCCCUAAAACCAUUCACUUCUGGGCACCAACCUUUAAGUGGGGUAUCAGUAUAGCCAAUAUUGCUGACUUCUCUAAGCCACCAGAAAAACUUUCAUAUCCUCAGCAAAUAGCUGUUACAGCCACUGGAAUUAUCUGGUCACGUUACAGCACUGUGAUCACACCGAAGAACUGGAACCUUUUUAGCGUCAAUGUUGCAAUGGCAGGAACUGGCAUCUACCAAUUGACAAGAAAAAUACAGCACGAUUAUUUCUCCAAGGAGGAAGUGGCUGCCGUCGAAGAAUGAGACCAAAUAUUACAUUAUUUGCCUCAGUGAUCACCUGAAUUUCCCUUACAUCCAUGUGUUGCCCCCCUCCAAAUCUUACCUAACAAAAGCUCCAUGAAUUUCUUUUGAAUUUCUUUUUUUUUUAUUACGAAUCAAUUCUUAUCCUUUAUUUUACUACCUUUAUUUUACUUUUGUAGCUAUGAAACUAAGCUUGAAACUGUUUCGAAAAAUAAACGAGAUCCUGAUUUACGCAACA